GGGUUUUAAUGCUUCAAUUCCAGGGACUAUUUAUGACUAAACACUGAGUUAACAGUACUGGCAUUCUGUGGAAGGAUGGUCUCCUGGGAAGGUUGAGGAAACAGUUGAGAUAUCCCAGGAUCUGUUUACAAUAUAAACUAGUUUGGAGUAAAUAAAACCCAAUCCUCUACAGGACUGAUUCUCCUCUGCGCUAAAGCUCAACACACUGCUUUUUGGCAGAGACCACUGCUUCAUUGAGGCAGGAGCUGACGAAAUCAAACUAGCCUGACUUUCUCCUGAGCCUCUAUGGAGCGCUGGGUUCUCUUCUCUCUAUUGCUCCUGGUCUACCUGUAUUUGGAGGUGUCUGGAGCUGAAGCUGGGGCCCAGGACCAGAGAGUGCUGGCUGGCCAGGGGAGGAGGAGGAGGAGAGGGCCAGGGGAACCAGGGGGCCCGGAGUUCAACCAGCCCCAGCGAGGAGAGCUAGAAUGGGGGAAGAGGAGGAAGGCAGGAGGGCCUGGGCAGGGGAGAGCCAGGGGAAACAGGGACAACCAGCGAUCUCAAACCCCUCUGGGUCUAAUGAGGCUGGGGAGCCUUCCAGCCAACGCCGGAGGAGACGAGUCUAUUUUCAUUGAGUCAUACAAGAGUGUUGACGAGAGACAGACUAACUACAAUGUCAUCCCGGGUAAAAAGGGCCAGUGUGUGUACCAGGGCAUCACCAUGUUUGAUCAGGCCGUCUGGUCCCCCAAGCCGUGUGUCACCUGUCUGUGUAGCGGAGGGGAGGUGCUGUGUGACGAGGUCACAUGUCCUCCUCAUCGAUGUCACUUCCCCUACACCCCCUCCGGCGAGUGCUGUCCCGUCUGUAUGGACACCGCUUCCCGUGGUGAUGUCCUUGACUUCUCUGGCGAUUCCCCGGUAGCCAACGACCCUGACUCUGUGAUCCCUGACCUUGACCCAAUCCUUGACCCCGUGGUGACCCGCACCAAGGCCGAGAUUGAGCUCCUGAAUAGAGAGGAGGAGCAGCGCCUCCUCGAGAAGGAAAAGAGGAGGAAGAAACAGAAGGAGGAGGCGGAGAGACAGCGGAGGCGGCAGGAGGAGAAGAGGAGGAGGCAGGAGGAGAGGAGGAGGCAGGAGGAGGAGAGGCUGCAAAUGGAGAAGGAAGAGAGGAGGCAGGAAGAGGCAAGGAGACUAAAGGAGGAGGUGGCCAUGAAGGAGCGGGAGAGGAAGCUGGAGGAGGAGAGGAGAAGACAUGAGGAGGAGCUAAAAGAGAAACUGAGGGAACUAGCAGAGCUGGAAGAGGAAGAAGAAGAAGAAGAAGAGGACGAAGAGGAGGAGAUGGAGUGGCUGCUGAGAGGAGAUGUUUUCCAAAUGUUUCCAGAUGAGCCGACCGAAGAGGACCUCCAUCCUCCUCCCCUAGCCAAGCCCACUGACAGAGAAGAGGAGGAUGGAAAAGAGGUGGUGGUACAUAGACCUGGGAUCACCCUCCCGCUAGGUUGUGAUAUCUCUGAUGUCACUGUGACGUGUGAGAACGCUAAACUGACCAACUUCCCUCCUCUCAACAACCCUGAGCUCAAGUCCCUAAGUCUGGAGGGUAACUCCAUCACAACCAUCCCAGUGGGGGCGUUCAACGGCAUCCCCAACCUGGAGUCCAUCAACCUAGGAAAGAAUAAGUUGACAACUGCUGGAAUCGCCCCACACACCUUCAAAGGCCUGAAGUUCCUGAGCCGUCUUUACCUGGACAACAACCUCCUAGAGAUGGUCCCACUAGACUUCCCAUCAACACUACAGGAGCUGAAGAUCAAUGAGAAUCACCUCAAAGGGAUCGAAGAGAACAGCUUCCAAGGUCUGAGUGACCUGUUGACCUUGGAGUUGGAGGGGAAUCUCUUGAGUGAAGGCAACGUGGAUCCUCUAGCUUUCAGACCCCUCUCCCAGCUCUCCUACCUCCGUCUGGGCAGAAACCACUUCAGGACAGUCCCCCAGGGCUUGCCCCCAUCUCUACUGGAGGUUUAUCUUGAGAACAACCUGAUAGAAGAGAUAUCUGACUCUGUCUUCAACCAAACCACUAACCUGAACAUGAUCUCACUGAGACACAACAGACUGGAGGAGUCCAGGAUUGCACCUCUAGCAUGGAUCAACCACAAGAACCUGGAGUCCAUUGACCUGUCCUACAACCGCCUGUACCUGGUCCCAUCCUACCUGCCCAGAGCUCUGGUCCACCUGGUCUUGGUAGGGAACCAGAUUGAGAGGAUCCCAGGGUUUGUGUUCGCCCACAUGGUGCCGGGGAUAGAGUACCUGUACCUGUCCCACAACAAGCUGGAUGGGGAGGGAGUGGAGCCACAGUCCUUCUUGGGCACCUAUACCUCUAUGACAGAGCUGUGUUUAGACCACAACCAGCUCAUAACGGUUCCCCCUGGUAUCAACCAGAUGAGCACUCUGCACUUCCUGCGCCUCAAUAACAACAACAUUAGGACGUUUGCAGAGGACGCUUUCUGUGACCCCGAGAACGACGAGGACGCUAACAUAUUGACGCUGCGCCUGGAGAACAACUACAUCGACCCCAGGAAGAUCUCUUCCUCCGCCUUCUCCUGCGUACGCUCCUACUCCAGCAUCGUCUUGAAACCUCAGUGGACCAAGUAACAUGCGUCUUUUUAACGCUGUUAUCUUUGACUGAAAGGAAAAUGUCACUAAAUCACCAGCUGUGUUGAAACCUUGGUGGAUGAAAUCACAUGCUUCUAACAUUAAUAACAUAACAAAUAUACCCCCUUAGCACCUUCUCUUUCGGCACUCCUGUAGAUCUGAAAGGUGUAAACAAUAUGGCUACAUUUCCACACAGCCAAUCAGAAGGCAAGAUCACGUAAUUACCAUAUUGGUUCAGCCAAUCGCAAAGGAAUAAGAAUUAAAAAAAUUACGAUGAUUCUCUCAGAUCGAGAGGAAAUGACUGGAAGUCCAUGUGGAAUUCAGCCUGUGUAUUCUGUCUGUUAUUCUAGUAAAAACCAAAGAAAGAUCUGUCAAGUACGGGUUGUUACAGUAUAUCGAGAAAAUGUCACUAAAUCACCAGCCUCCGGCUGUGUGUCUCAAUAUUACUGAGUGACGCGUACAACCUGCUACCCAUGUUAAUGUAAAGUAGAAGGUGAAACAUUCUGCUAUGAAAAUGUAAACACACUGUAUGUACCUUCCAUGUCUCAGUGUUUUAUUGAUCUUUAUUAAACUGUUUUUUUUUUUA